CGGUCCCGCCCGCGCCGACCUCGCCCUGGUCUUCACUGUUAAUCGCAGCAGCUUCCGCCGAGCGAGCGAGAGCCACGCGGCGCGCGGGCUGAGCUGCACUGGGCUGGCAGCGGUUACCUCCCGGGGUCCCGGACCGCCGCCUUCCGCGCCCAGGGGCCCGGAGCUCCCCUCCCGGACCCACGAACCUGGUUCUCUCCCCGGAGCUCCGUUUACCGCCCCCAGACCCAGGCUCCCGAGGCCUCCGCUUCCAGGACCAGGUACUCCAGGUCCCCGCCUCCCGGAUCCAGGAGUCCGGGAUCUGCGCCACCGGGACCUGCGCCACGCGUCCUCCUUCCCGAGCCAAGGACCCCAGUCCUGCAGGAACUCCCUGACCCCCACUCCCACGGCCAAGAAACCCAGCUCUCGGGCUCCGGACACAGUUGCAGAGCAGGGGAGCCCCAGCGCCGGCCUCACGACCUCAGACACUCCCAUCUGCCAAGAACCAGGAACUUGGGCGCCGUGAACACGCGCCUGGGACCCUGCGCUCCAGCCCCCAGCUGCUACCCAGCUCCGAUCUAAGGGACGUCGGCUUCGUCCGAGGCAGAAGCCCCGAGCCCGCCCAGCUUCCAGACUCUCAGAAACCCCGGGGUGUUCACGAUGGUGGCCGAUCUGCCGACGGGAGACCCCACGUGGCCGGCCGCGAAGCCCUCCGCGAACGGGGUCCCGGCGUCGGUGCCCAAAGAGGACCCCGGCGCGGCGGGAGGCGGCGGCUGUUCCCGGGACCGGGUGCGCCGCUGCCUUCGCGCCAACCUGCUGGUGCUGCUGACCGUGGUGUCCGUGGUGGCGGGCGUGGCGUUGGGGCUGGGGGUGUCCGCGUCCGGCGGCUCGGCGGCGCUGGGCCCCGCGCGUCAGGCGGCCUUCGCCUUCCCCGGGGAGCUGCUGCUUCGCCUGUUGCGGAUGAUCAUCUUGCCGCUGGUGGUGUGCAGCCUGAUCGGCGGCGCCGCCAGCCUGGACCCGAGCGCUCUGGGGCGCAUGGGCGCCUGGGCGCUGCUCUUUUUCCUGGUCACCACCCUCAUAGCGUCCGCGCUCGGCGUGGGCAUCGCGCUGGCUCUGCAGCCCGGGGUCGCCGGCACAGCCAUCGGCACCGCCGCCGGCAACGCCUCUGUCCCGAGCGACGUCUCGCAAGACACGGCCCCCAGCAAGGAGGUGCUGGAUUCCUUCUUGGAUCUCGUGAGAAAUCUCUUCCCUUCCAACCUGGUGUCCGCAACCUUCCGCUCAUACUCUACCUACUACACAAAGGACAACGGAACCUAUGUGAAGGUGGAGGGUGAGGUGGAGGGUAUGAACAUCCUGGGCCUGGUGGUGUUUGCCAUCGCGUUUGGCGUGUGCCUGCGGAAGCUGGGGCCCGAGGGGGAGCUGCUCAUCCGCUUCUUCAACUCCUUCAAUGACGCCACCAUGGUGCUGGUCUCCUGGAUCAUGUGGUAUGCCCCCGUGGGCAUCUUGUUCCUGGUGGCCAGCAAGAUCGCGGAGGGGGACGACGUGGGGAAGCUCUUUGCCAAACUUGGCAAAUACAUCCUGUGCUGCCUGCUGGGCCACGCCAUCCACGGGCUCCUGGUGCUGCCCCUCAUCUACUUCCUCUUCACUCGGAAGAACCCCUACCGCUUCCUGUGGGGCAUCGUGACACCGCUGGCCACCGCCUUCGGGACCGCCUCCAGCUCCGCCACUUUACCGCUGAUGAUGAAGUGCGUGGAGGAGAAGAACGGCGUCUCUAAGCAUAUCUGCCGCUUCAUCCUGCCCAUCGGCGCCACCGUCAACAUGGACGGAGCCGCGCUCUUCCAGUGUGUGGCCGCGGUGUUCAUCGCCCAGAACAAGCAGCUCCCCUUGGACUUCGUGAAGAUCAUCACCAUCUUGGUCACCGCCACAGCGUCCAGUGUGGGCGCCGCGGGCAUCCCCGCUGGAGGCGUCCUCACCCUGGCCAUCAUCCUUGAGGCGGUCGGUCUGCCUGUUGACAUCUCCUGGAUCCUGGCUGUGGACUGGCUAGUGGACCGGUCCUGUACCGUCCUCAACGUGGAAGGCGACGCCUUUGGGGCGGGCCUCCUCCAGCAUUACGUGGAUCGGACGAAGCCCGCGAGCUCGGUGCCCCAGUUGAUCGAGGUGAAGACGUGUGUGGAUCCGAUGCCCGUUCCCAUUGAGGAGGGGAACCCCCUCCUCAAAAGCUACCCGAGACCUGCUGCGGAUGCUGACGGCUUCGAGAAGGAAUCCGUCAUGUAAGCUCAGUCGGGACCUUCCCUGCCGAUGGGGCACUUUGGACAUUCAAAUCACACGAGAUGGAUAAAGGGACACACCGGGGCUCUGGCGGCCCUGCCCGUACACUCCGGGGAGCCAGGGGCCCAGCCUCCCGCCCCUGCCCCAGAUCGGUGAGGCUUUGCUGCUAGGACGUACGUGUAUGUGGGUGUGAAUGUCUCCCCAAACCUCCCUGAUCUCAACCUCUGCCCCCACCCAAGGUUACCCAACAGCAAAUGGCGUCCUAGCCCCCCAUCUCAGGGUGUGGCCCAGGGCACAGGUCGCCACGUGGAACUGUGGCCUCUUUGAUGGGAUGAUCCCACAUGUGCUGGCUCCUUUGCUGGUUAUUGUGGUGGGUGUGGGUGUGGGUGUGGGUGCUGUGACUCCACGUUAUGCUCCACCCUGUCCCGGGACUCUGGGUAGGGGGAGACUGAGGACAAACACUGCUAUCACUCAAGAGGACAUUUUUUAGCAAUAACCUUGCCAAGCCCUGACCAGUUUGCUCAGUGGUUAGAGUGUCGUCCCAUGGACUGAAGGGUCACGGGUUCGAUUCCGAUCAAGGGCACAUACCUCAGGCGCAUUCAGGAGGCAACCAAUGGAUGUUUCUCUCUGUCUCUCCCCCUCCCGUCCACUCUCUAAAAAUCAAUGGAAAAUAUAUCCUUGGGUGAGGAUAAACAAAAAGAAAAAAGAGUUGUCAAGUAUAUCUAAUCAGAUGCUUUUAAGAACUUGACUAGAAGCACUAGCCACACAGGAAUAAAAAACAAACAGGAUAUGCCCUAACCGGUUUGGCUCAGUGGAUAGAGCGUCGGCCUGCGGACUGAAGAGUUCCAGGUUCGAUUCCGGUCAAGGGCAUGUACCUUGGUUGCAGGCACAUC